UCACCUUCAGUAUGACCAACCUCAAGCCAGCUUCGAGCUAUACGAGCACAUCGCUCCACGAGGCCGUCAAACUGCGCCUGGACGAGCCGGGAUCCUUGUCGAAAACGGCCGAGCCGCAGACAAUUCCGCAAUUCUUCAGGGCGGUUUGUGAGAGCCACGCGGAUCUGCCCGCCCUGGUGUGGGAAACUCCAGGGUCUGGAGUCGAUGGUUGGACCACCCUAACUUAUGGCGAGUACCAGGAGAGAGUGGAGCAGGCGGCACUGAUGCUCCUGAGCGUUGGACUCGAGGAACGCAGCUCGGUGGGCAUCCUGGCCUUCAAUUGUCCCGAAUGGUUCUUGGCAGAGUUCGGCACCUUGAAAGCUGGCGGCGUCGUGGCCGGAAUUUAUCCGAGCAACUCGGCGGAGGCCGUGUAUCACGUACUUUCCACCAGUGAAGCCUCCGUUUGCGUGGUGGACGAUGCCCAGCAGAUGGCCAAGUUGAGGGCGAUCAAGGAUCGGCUGCCAGGCCUCAAGGCGGUGAUCCAGUUGCACGGACCCUUCGAAGCCUUCGUCGACCAGGAGGCGGGAUUCUUCAGCUGGCAGAAGCUGCAGGAGCAGACCUUCUCCAACGAACUGAAGGAGGAACUGGCGGCCCGGGAGAGCAGGAUCCGUGCGAAUGAGUGUGCCAUGCUGAUCUUCACUUCGGGAACUGUGGGUAUGCCCAAGGCUGUGAUGCUGUCCCACGACAACAUCGUUUUCGAUGCCAAGUCAGCGACACUCGGACUUAAGGAAGUGCAAAUCGGCAAGGAGAGCUUUGUGAGCUAUCUGCCCCUUAGUCAUGUGGCUGCCCAGAUUUUCGACGUGUUCUUGUGCCUAACCCACGCCGGCUGUGUUACAUUUGCCGACAAGGACGCACUCAAGGGAACGCUGUUCAAGACCUUUAAAAAGGCGAGGCCGACGAAAAUGUUCGGAGUUCCGCGCGUCUUCGAGAAACUUCAGGAGCGCCUGGUGGCCGCAGAGGCCAAGGCGAGACCCUAUUCCAGAAUACUCCUGGCACGGGCUAGAGCUGUUGUGGCCGAGCACCAGACAAUGCUGAUGGCGGGAAAAUCCCCCUCCAUUUAUGGCAGUACUAAAUAUUGGCUGGCCUCUCGCAUCAUAAAACCCAUACGAGAGAUGAUUGGACUGGACAACUGCCGGGUUUUUCUGGCCGGCGGAGCACCCACCUCCGAGGAGUUGAAGCACUUCUUCCUCGGACUAGACAUGCCACUGAGCGAGUGCUAUGGGAUGUCGGAGAGCGCAGGUGCCAUCACCCUGAAUGUUCAGAUCAGCAAUUUGUACAGUGCGGGUCAGGCGUGCGAUGGACUUACUCUGAAGAUCCACGAGCCCGACUGCAAUGGCCAGGGGGAGAUCCUGAUGCGGGGCCGCAGCGUGUUCAUGGGCUACCUGGGGCUGCCGGAGAAGACGGAGGAGGCAAUCAAGGAGGACGGUUGGCUGCAUUCCGGCGACUUGGGCUACAUCGAUCCCAAGGGCAAUCUAGUGAUCUCCGGUCGACUCAAGGAGCUGAUCAUCACCGCCGGCGGUGAGAACAUUCCACCGGUGCACAUUGAGGAGCUGAUCAAGAAGGAGCUAUCCUGUGUGAGCAAUGUGCUGCUGAUUGGGGAUCAUCGCAAGUACCUGACUGUCUUGCUGUCCCUAAAGACCAAGUCCGAUAGCAAGACGGGUAUUCCCCUGGAUGCACUGCGUGAGGAGACGAUCGAGUGGCUGCGGGACUUGGACAUCCAUGAAACGCGUCUCUCCGAGCUCCUAAACAUCCCCUCCGAUCUGCAACUCCCCAGCGACUCAGCCGCCCAAGCUGCCGCUCUCGGGAUCACCGCCGAACCCAAGCUCCUGGAAGCCAUCGAAGAGGGUAUUAAGCGAGCCAACAAGCACGCCAUUUCGAACGCCCAGAAGGUCCAGAAGUUUGCCCUUAUCCCCCACGAAUUCUCUCUGGCCACCGGGGAACUUGGUCCCACACUGAAAAUCAGGCGAAAUAUUGUCCACGCUAAGUAUGCCCAAGUCAUAGAGCGUCUGUACAAGUAAAUUUACAGCUCAAGAUGAUUUCUUAGCCUAAGUUUAGAUUUUAUUACUCAAUGUUUACACUGUAAUCACUAUGGAAACACAAGUCUCUUAUAUUUAAAGACAUUAAGACUCAACAUAUUUGUUAUUAAAACGGUGCAAAUUUUAUUUUUAAAAAGAGA